AUGGUGCAGGAAGGGGACGGGGAGCUCCCAGAGCAACAUUGUCUUAAUGAGGAAAAGCUUCCUGCUGACCAGCAGCUCUGGAACCUUGAGUGGAUCCCCAGUCUGGACCAAGAGGAGCCAGAACCUCCACAGAUUAAAGAGGAGGAGGAGCACUGCAUCGGUCUGGAAGUAGAGCAGCUUGUACUGAAGCAGGAGGAUCAAGAUAACCUGUUGUUGAAUCCUACUCUCAAAGAAAGUGACCACAGUGAACCAGAACCAAGUGACCACCAGCUCCUCUCCCACAGCUCAGCUCAGAGCCAAGAUCUCAACGGAGGCCAGCAUGGAAACUCAAAAUCAGUUAGUAAUGCAGAGCAGGCAUCAGAAAAGGGACAUCAUGUCAUCACAAGAGCAAAAGGGAGCAGAAGUCCCAGUAACCUUGCAUGUAGCACUACCAUGUCAAAGAUUGUGCCGAAUACCUGCAAAAGUAAAAAGGUUCUCCAGUGUGACACUUGUGGAAAAGUCUUUAAGUUGAAGUCAUUAUUAAAUGGACAUCUGAAGGUGCACACAGAUGAGAGGCCACAUCUUUGCAAAACCUGUGGAAAGAGAUUUCGUUACAAGUCAGCACUAGAAAAACAUUUGAGACUCCACACAGGGGAGAAACUGUAUUCUUGCGAAAUGUGUGAAAAAGGUUUCACAACUAGCACAAAUUUGAAGAUCCACGAGAGAACGCACACGGGCGAGAAACCUUUUUCUUGCAAAACUUGUGGGAAAAGUUUUAGCUGGAGAACUAGCCUGCAGGGACACGAGAGAACGCACACUGGCGAGAGACCUUUUUCUUGCAAAACUUGUGGGAGAAGUUUUUGUGCGAGACAAACCCUGCAGGUCCACAAGAGAACACACACGAGUGAGAGACCUUUUUCUUGCAAAACUUGUGGGGCAAGAUUUAACACUAGAAGUAACGUGCAGGUCCACCAGAGAACACACACGGGCGAGAAGCCUUUUUCUUGCAAAACUUGUGGGAGAAGUUUUAGUGCGAGACAAACCCUGCAGGUCCACCAGAGAACACACACGGGCGAGAAGCCUUUUUCUUGCAAAACUUGUGGGAAAAGUUUUUGUGCGAGUCAAACCCUGCAGGAUCACGAGAGAACACACACGGGCGAGAAGCCUUUUUCUUGCAAAACUUGUGGGAGAAGUUUUAGCCAGAGAUCUACCCUGCAGGAUCACGAGAGAACGCACACAGGGGAGAAGCCUUUUUCUUGCAAAACUUGUGGGAAAAGUUUUACACGUGGAUGUAGGUUGAAAGUCCACAUGAGAAGCCAUAAAAGUGAGGAGUCGUAUCCAUGUACAACUUGUGGUGAAAGAUUUGUUAUCAAAUCCCUUCUAACAAAACAUUUGAUGACCCACACAUAGCAAAACUGAUAUUUUUGUAAAAUGUUGUAAAGAUCUCUCACUUGCCAGUUUAUACAAAGUCCACAGGAGAAAACAUCCAGUUGAGAAGCCACUCCAUGGCAACAGGAGAGGGAUAAUAUUUGCUCAAGCAUUGUCAAAGAAGUGUUUACUUAGAAAUUUAUUUAUUAAUUAGUGAUACAACAGUUAGGGAAAACAACACUGAAAAUGUUUCCAGGAGACCAAACAAGAGAUGAACCUGGUUGUAGUUCAAUGCUUUAUGAAGUUCCAUCACCACUGACGAGGAGCAGACUUCAAUAACUUCACAAAGCAUUGAACUACAGCCAGGUUCAUCACUUACAUCUACACAAGAGUUAUUGUGUACAUUUGCAUUAGCUGCAUCUCUGCAACUGAAUGUGGAAAAUAUCCCAUUGAGGAGACAUCACAAUAUCUUUGAUGCAGUACAUGGUCAACAACAUUUGCUGAAGUACCCACGUUUCUGUUCUUCAUGUGACUGUCAUUGAUAUUUACAUCUGCAAAGGAAGUGAUGUUUUCAACCAUGUAUCUUUGUUUAUUCAUUUAUCAGCCAUUUAUACCAGAUGGUGCAGGAAGGGGACGGGGGUGAGAGAAAUUGAUUGGGUAAAGUGGCAGAUCCAGGAUAUUUUAUUAUCACUGACUGUUAAGAGAUGUUGUCAAUGUGUCAGGAAAGACUGAGGAUCAAGAUGUAAAAAUCUGACAUAUUUGUGGUACAGAGAUUUAUAAGAAGAAAGUAUGUGGGGCAGAUUAUCAGAUGACUUCCCUUUUCUUUUCCCUAUUACAAAAGAAGAAAAUAUGUUGUUAAUGUGUACACUGUCCUAAAUGACUCACUGUAAAUGUUUAUUCUUUUGUACUACGUGUAUUCAAUACUUCAGUGCAUUUGCAGUUCAUUAAAGUUUUUUGAAAUAUGAA